UGGGGGAGGGAUGUUUAAACUUGUGUAACAUGUUUAAGGCUGAGUGCAAAGCACAGAGGAAAGGGUGGAGCUCUGGCAUGUAAGCAAUAACAGCACUGAAUAGCAUUGAGUAGAAAAUCUUGACGCAUUUUGUGGAGCAAAGAAAGCUAGUAGAAGAGUAAAAGAUAGGAGAAAAGGACAGGAUUUAAACAAGGUUUUUAGGAAAAAAAAAAACACUUCUUCACCAUAAUGGAAAUCCCUGACAUGGAUUCAAAGAAACUGCCUUGUCGGCCAGAGAUGUUUGAUUUUGAGGGUAUUUCUAUGACUCACUUUUUCACUGACAACUGGGAAAAAGUGAAAAAUUUUCAAGCCAGACCUGAUGACAUUCUAAUCGCCACAUAUCCCAAAGCAGGUACCACAUGGGUUUCUUAUAUAUUGGACCUUCUGUAUUUCGGUAAUGAUGAUCCAGAGCGUCAGACUUCCGAGCCCAUCUAUAUAAGAAUCCCAUUCCUAGAGUCAUGUUUUCAGGAGUUUUCAACAUUUGCAGGGACAGAAAUGGUGGAUAAUCUGAGCACCGUUCCCCGUAUCAUCAAAACUCAUUUACCUGUUCAGCUAGUACCCAAGUCCUUCUGGGAGCAGAACUCAAGGAUUGUGUAUGUUGCACGUAAUGCAAAAGACAACGCAGUUUCCUAUUUUCAUUUUGAUCGAAUGAACAUGGUACAGCCUGAACCAGGGGACUGGGACCACUACUUAGAGAAAUUUAUGAAAGGAAAAAAUGUGUUUGGUCCAUGGUUCGACCAUGUCAGUGGAUGGUGGGAGAAAAAACAGACAUAUUCUAAUCUACUGUACUUGUUCUAUGAGGAUUUGGUUGAAGACACUGGACGUGAGGUAGAACGUUUGUGCUCCUUCUUGGGUUUGUCCACUUUAGUUGAAGAGAGGGAAAAAAUAACAAAAGGGGUUCAGUUUGAUGCCAUGAAACAGAACAAGGUGACCAACCAUGUCACAAUCCCUUUCAUGGACUUCAAGAUCUCACCAUUCAUGCGGAAAGGGAAAGUUGGAGACUGGAAAAGUCACUUUACUGUGGCACAAAAUGAACAGUUUGAUGAGGUCUACAAACAGAAGAUGAAGAACACCACUGUCAAGUUUCGCACUGAGAUUUAAUAUUUGAGUUCUAGAUCUUUUUGAUUGUUAGUGAUUUUAUUAGAAAUGGAUUGUUAGUGUUAAUGUGUACAUUUUUCAGGACAGAAAUACAAUAACCUUAGAAGUUUUUUUUUUUUUUUUUUUUUUUUUUUUGUUUACUCUACCUCAGCUUUAACCCUCAGCUUUUGGAAUAGUUUUAAUGUAGUCCAGUUAAUUGAGAUAAGUCACUUUAGUUUGUAUCAUGUGAUGUUGUUUGUAGUUUAUGCUCAUAAUCUGGAGUCCCUAAUCAUGUUGAUUGCUUCUAUUUGCUUUUAGAAUAACACUGGAUCAGUGUUAUCUGAAUAUUAUUAUCUGAUACUAUUAUCUUUACAUUCUCACCAAACAUUUGCUAGCGUUGGUCUGACAUCUUAGACCGAUUCAGUCAAGAAUACCUCAAAUCAUUGGUUUGAUCCACAAAUUUAUAUUGAUCGUAAUUAAUUAUAAAUAAAACAUCUGACUAAGCUUCCAUGUACAGCCGA